GGUCAUGGCGGCUGUGCCCGUGGUGCUGGGAGCCAUGGGCUUCACAGGGGCUGGAAUCGCCGCCUCCUCCAUCGCGGCCAAGAUGAUGUCAGUGGCCGCCGUGGCCAGUGUGGGUGGAGUCACUGCUGGCAGCCUGGUGGCCACCCUCCAGUCCGUGGGGGCAGCUGGACUUUCCACAUCAUCCAACAUCCUCCUCGGCUCUGCUGGGUCAGCAACUGGGGCAUGGCUGUGGGGUUCAUAAAAGAAGGCCCCUUCACCACCAGGAUCCAGUACUCAACAAGAGAGUGGUUCCCAUGCUGGAGAUGACCCUGCAGGGCCUCAGGAUGUCAGUCCCCCAAAUGACAAGCCCUCUGCCUCCCAAAAUUCUUCAAAGAAUCAUAAGAAGUAAAAACAAGAUGCUGUGACUUUUCAUGAGUGUCCCUACGGGGUUCCUAUUUAUCAGACAGAGUGCAGGGCAUCUGUAUAGCCAUGGGAGAUGGGAUAUGGGCCAAGAACUCUGUAAGAAUGGACACUGCUAUCCAUGACAGGAUGCCAGGUGUGUUUCCACUCUAUUGUGACCAAAAGUGAAAGUGUUAGUUGAU